CGAAGCUACAUUGACAUCCCCUCACGCUUUGCCUUUGACUGUACGUUAUCUAGCCGAGUCCCGCAGUCUGGAGCCAUUCAAACGAAGCAGCUAGCUGGUGAGCCCAUUAAAUACCUCACCGCACUUCCUGGAACUGUCAGUUGUUUGUGAGGAGCUCGGGACUACGUGGUGUUUUGACUCCUGUGAAGAGGGACGCAACAAGGAUGUCCAAAGACAUGGAAGGGAAGGACGAGACAAUCAUGGAUACGGAGAGCAAGGUGCUCUGGUACCCGGACUCCAAGAGGAACACACAGAUGGACAAGUUUAGGAUACAGGUCAACUCGGACUACGGACUUAAUCUGGCAAACUACAAUGAUCUCUACCAGUGGUCUGUGGACUCGUAUCCAGAGUUCUGGGCAGAGGUGUGGCGCUUCUGUGGAGUUGUCAGCUCCAAACCUUAUGAAGAGGUGGUGGACGUAUCCAAGCGGAUCUCAGACGUUCCAGAGUGGUUUAAAGGAGCCCGACUCAACUUCGCAGAGAACCUGCUUAAGCAUGCCAACCAGGACAAAGUGGCUCUCUAUGCUGCAAGGGAAGGGAAGGAGGAGAUCGUAAAGGUCACAUUUGGGGAGCUGAGGCGUGAUGUGGCAGUGUUUGCUGCAGCCAUGAGGAAGAUGGGCAUUCAGACUGGAGACAGGGUUGUAGGUUACCUGCCCAACGGCAUCCAUGCAGUGGAAGCCAUGCUAGCAGCAGCCAGCAUCGGCGCCAUCUGGAGCUCCACGUCAGUCGAUUUUGGAGUUAAUGGUGUCCUUGACAGAUUUUCUCAAAUUCAGCCCAAAUUGAUCUUCUCAGUUGCUGCUGUGGUGUACAAUGGAAAAACACACGACCACAUGGAAAAGCUGAGAAACGUUGUGAAAGGUUUACCUGACCUGAAUAAAGUGGUUGUAAUUCCCUACGUUUUGUCCAAGGAAGAGACUGACCUUUCCAAAAUUCCCAACAGUGAAUUCCUGGAUGACUUCUUGGCAUCUUGUUGUGGCGACAGCGACCAGUUCCCCCAGCUGGAGUUUGAGCAGCUUCCUUUUAACCAUCCUCUGUUUAUCAUGUACUCUUCUGGAACUACAGGAGCUCCUAAAUGUAUGGUCCACUCAGCUGGGGGCACUCUCAUCCAGCACUUGAAAGAACACAUUCUUCAUGGCAACCUGACCUCCAGUGACGUCAUCAUCUACUACACUACUACUGGCUGGAUGAUGUGGAACUGGCUUGUGUCUGCUCUGGCAGUGGGGGCCUCGGUGGUUUUAUACGAUGGUUCACCGCUAAUGCCAACAGCCAAUGUGCUGUGGGACCUGACGGACAAGCUGGGCAUCACCAUCUUUGGCACUGGGGCUAAGUGGCUGUCGUUGGUGCAGGAGAAGAACCUCAAACCUUGUGAGUAACUCAUCCACACCACACACACACACACA